AUGCGAUUCUCGACCUUUUCGUCCGUCUUUGCGAUCGGAACGGCUUUGCUCGCGCCGCCCGCCUCGGCUGAGCCUCACCCUGAUACGCCGACCUCGCCGAACCCUUACCCGCACACGAGCUUGUCGAAGCGGAUGUGCAUCUUCAAUAUCUGCAUCGGCGGAGGUUCUUCGUCGUACAACCUUGCCUCUGACCCCAAUAACUGUGGUUCUAUCGGCAACAAUUGCAACCUCUACAACUUCGUCAACGGGGGUUCCGGCGGCGCGAUUUGCUCGAACGGUGUCUGCGGUCCCGCAUCUUGCAACUGGUUGUUCGACUUCAACUGGCAGACCAAGGAGUGCCAGAAUGUCGGAUACGAUGUCAACAACUGGUUAGUUUGGUUCUUAACUGUGAUAGCUUGCCUUUCUCGACCUGCGGUUGCAACUCCGCCAUAUGUUAACGCGUGGCUGACCGCAAGCUCUGCACACUUCUCACAGCGGUCGUUGCGGUCAGACUUGCUCGAUCACGGGUGCGUCCGGCACGCAAUGCCAACAAGGAACUUGCAUUGCUACGGGCUGCAACCAAGGUUACCUUUUGAGCGCCGGCAAGUGCACGAAGGUCUAUGACACCCAGAACGACGUGAGUUUUGCGCUCUCGACGUUAGGCUUCGCGCUGGGAAAGCAGUUACUGAACCCUUCGGACCAAUCCUUUUUCUCCACGUCACGACGAUAGGUCAACAACUGCGGUUCGGUUGGAAACGCAUGCCGAUCCUCCUACCCUGGUGGAACGGGUUCAUCUUGCGUUGCGGGUCAAUGCCAAGCUGCGUGAGUGACUUUUUCUCGAACCUUUCGGAAGACAGACACCAAGAAGAUCCUAGAACUGACUUUGAAAUUGUACUCUUCGAUCUUUCUUUCAGCUCGUGCAAUAAUGGUGCUAUCUGGAACCCUUCGUCGAUGUCGUGCCAGAACUGCAACUCCGACGUCAACAACUGCGGCGCGAUCGGCAAAGUCUGCUCGUUCCCGCGCGGUACUGCACAAUGCCAGUCGGGCAACUGCGUCUUGACCGGCUGCAAUUCGGGCUCGUACAUUGUCGGUGGCCAGUGCGUUGCGCUCAGUCUCUCGACCGACACGAACAACUGCGGCGCUGUCGGGAACGUCUGCAACUUUGCCAACGGCGCCGGAUCGUGCUCGAAUGGCAAGUGCGUCCUCUCGACUUGCAGCACCAACUACGCGAAGGCGACCGACGGUAGCGGCAACGCCUUCUGCCAAUGGGUCAACACGCAAUCCGACCCCAACAACUGGUAAGCUCCUUUUCCUGAUCGCACUAUCAUUGCAAACUUUCAGAAACCGGUUACUGACUUUCGCGCAUCUCGCCCCUGUCUCCGAACGCACUUUCGCACGCACCCUCGUCCGCAGCGGCACCGCGGGCUACAAGUGCACCAGCUUACUCAACUCCGCCAGCACGACUUGCACCAACGGCAAGUGCGGAGCCAUUUGCAACAACGGCUACGACUGGGACUCGGACAUGUCGUUCUGCCGACCUGUCACCAGCGACUCCAACAACUGCGGUCGCUGCGGCAACAUAUGCAAGGUCGCCAAUGGCAUCGCGUCGUGCGUGAAUGGCGCGUGCGCGGUUCAAACGUGCAACUACGGCUACUCCAACGUCAACGGCGUCUGCACCGCGGUCAACACGCAGAACGACAAGAACAACUGCGGCUUCAUCGGUAACGUCUGCCGGUCGUCGUACCCUUCGGGAUCGGGCAGCGUGUGCCUCAACGGUGCCUGCCGAGCCGCCAGCUGCAACACCGGCACGACUUGGAACCCGGCCACGAUGGCGUGCCAGAAUACCGACAGUGACAUCCUCAACUGUGGCAAGGUCGGAAAUGUCUGCACGUUCCCUCGCGGUGUUGCGCAGUGCCAGUCCGGCAACUGUGUCUUGACCGGCUGCUUGGCAGGCUCGUACAUGGUCGGUGGCCAAUGCGUUGCGCUCGACCUCACUUGCGACGUCAACAACUGCGGUUCUGUCGGCAAUGUGUGCUCGUUCCCCAACGGUGCCGGAUCGUGCGUCGCCAACCAAUGCAAGCUCACGAGCUGCAACGCCGGCUUUGCUCUCACGACCACCGGCGGCUCGAUCUUCUCGUCGUCGACUUCGUCCUGCGUCGCUGUUGACACCCAGACCGACAUCAACAACUGCGGAACCGUCGGUAACAAGUGCUAUUCUUUUGCCAAUUCGGCCGGUACCUCGUGCGUCGCUGGCAAGUGCCAAGGCUCGUGCUUCAACGGCUUCGCGUGGGACUCCUCGGCCUCCAAGUGCCGUGCCGUUUCGAACGACGUGAACAACUGCGGUUCCAUUGGCAAUGUGUGCAACAUCCCCAACGGUCAGGCCAUGUGCCUGGCGGGUACUUGCCAACCGUUGUCGUGCCGCACGGGCUACUACAACCUCAACGGCGCUUGUGCCGCUCUCGACCUCCAGACCGACGUCAACAACUGCGGUCUCCCAGGCCUGAGGUGCCCGACCAGCUUCUUGUUCGGCGCGGGUGUCACUUGCGUCAACGGUAUCUGCAUGCCCAACUCGUGCAACGACGGCUACGACUGGGACAUCUUGCACUUGUUCUGCCGUGAUGUGCGCACCGACAUGAACAACUGCGGUCGAUGCGGUAGCGUGUGCACGAUCGCGAACGGUGUCGGCCAAUGCUCCGGUGGCUCGUGCAACGUCAAGAGCUGCAACUCCGGUUUCCAGAACGUCAACGGGGUCUGCACUUCGAUGAAUCUCCAGACGGACGUCAACAACUGCGGCUCGGUCGGCAACGUGUGCUCCUUCCCCAACGGUCAGGGCACUUGCCAGAAAGGCAAGUGCACCUUCACGGGUUGCAACAGCGACUGCACGCUCGUCAACAACGCAUGCAUCAAGCCCGACCUGACCUCGGACGUGAAUAAUUGCGGUUCUGUCGGCAACGCGUGCCACUCGUACGCCAACGCUGGCAAACCCUUCUGCUCCAACUCGGUCUGCCAGGCCAAGUGCAACAACGGCUUUGACUUUGACUUUGACGCGGACUUCUGCCGUGACACCAGGACGGAUACCUCCCACUGCGGUGGCUGCAACAACAACUGCUUGUCGCAGCUUCCUGGCGCUUCGCUUGCGAGCUGCGUCAGUGGUACCUGCUACGCCAAGGGUUGCAACAGCGGCUACACCCUUACUUCCGGCAAGUGCAUUCCUAUCGAUACGCAGAACGACCCCAACAACUGCGGCGGAAUCGGUAAAUGUUGCGAAUUCGCGCCUCAAGGCGCAACCGGUAGCUGCACACUCGGCGUGUGCACUGUCAAGAGCUGCCCCGCCGGCUACACGAUCUCGAAGAACCUUUGCCUUAAGAGUCAGCCGUCGCAACGCGCUGCGAACGUCAAGAAGCGCAAGAUCGAGAAGCCCAAGUCGCUCUGCCCCGAGAAUGAGACCGCAUGCCCCAUCGUCGGCUCCUCCUCCUACGCCCUGGCCGUCGACCAACACUUCUCCUCGUUCGCUGAUUUGGCUACCGGUGGCAUCAUGAGCGGCAACGGCGGCUACGAGUGCCUCGACACCAAGCAAGCUCUCGACUCGUGCGGUGGCUGCGCUUCGACGGGUGAGGGUCAAGACUGCACCAAGAUCCGUGGUGCUGUCGGAGUCGGGUGCGAUGCUGGGACGUGCGUUGUCUUCUCGUGCCAGUCGGGGUGGAAGCCCAACUUGGCCGCUUCCAAGUGCGUUCGAUCGCACGGCCACAGCCACAACUCGAGCUCUGAGAACGCCAGCCAUUCCGAUGACGAUGACUCCAGCUCGGCCGCCACACGGAGACACAUCCACGCCCGAGCACAUCACGCCCACAUCCGAUCACACCACGGCCAUGCAUGA